AUGAGCAGGCACCACCAGGACACGCAGUCCGCUGUGCUCGAAGUUCUCGAGGCCAUGUCGCGCGAAAUGGGCGGCGACCUGACACAGCAGCAGAUAUCGGCAGCCAUGCGGCUCCUGAGCCUGGGGCUGAACCCCGAAGCCCUGUCGGCCAUCACCCUGGACCUGCGCAGGCAGGCCUCCGAGCAGGACUCUGCGCAGCGGCAGUUACGUCAGAACCGCGACGACUACGCACCACCGCCAUCGCGGCCCAUGUACCAUUAG